CUUCGAACAUCAAAUUUUCCUCAAAUGAAUUUACACAAUAGUUUUCUGUUCAAGUCGCAUAUCGCGAGCUGUGAUGCAUGAUGGGAUCAUGUUGCUGGCGUUCUGUUUCACUGAGUUGGUCGUUAUUCUCCCAGUCAUAGCUUUUAACCUUUCAGCCCGAGUAUUGGAUGGUGCUUUCAGCUGGGGACGUGAUUACGCCCGCGAGCACCGGAUUAUACAACGUUAUUUACGCCCUACAGGCAUCUGGCCUAUCCCCACUGUUGAUUUGCACGCUGGAUUUGUUGCGCUCAGUGUGCGUCCAUCAAGUUGCCAUGGGAUGAGCUGAAUACUGC